CGUAUUGGUUAUAUGGUGAACGCAGCUUAAUGGGAUCGCCCUACCAACCGUACAUCGAGACCAAGUUCUACCAAUCCUGGCUGGGUCACACUUGCUUUCACAUGAACGCCUCCGGUACUGUGGUCACGGAUAGUUGUCAUACCCGCCACACCACCGCCAUUUGCCAAAGACCUCGCAAGGUUAUGCCAACAUGUUCACCAUGUAAGGUGAAGAGAGGCAGUGACGUUGAAAGGCGACUGCUAAACAAGGCAUUAUGUCAAGAUUUUGCUGUUGUAGGAUGGGUGACUGGUGAGAGCCUUGGUCAUUACCAUGUAGCCCUGUUGGCCAUCUGCUCCCGUAAUUCUGCCGCUGAUCGCGUGCUCUCACGCUUCCAGACACGCGCUACACUGGGCUCGCGUUGUGCCGGAGUAGUCCCAGGAGCCAGAGCCAGUGUGAUAAACGUGCAGAAGCCGCUGCCAGCGAGAGCGGCGCAGUGUCCGCCACCGUGUGGCCUCCGGCUGAAGAAAGGCAAGCGGUACCUUUUAGCCGGCUCUGUUCACAGCUUCACCAGCGAGUUUCAAAUCAACACCGGCGUGGCGUUGCGCUGGCGACGUGUGAAGAACCUGGCAAGAUCGAGUAGAGUGAACGCAACAUGCUAUCAAUGAGACCAACUUGGAGAUAUCUUGCUUGGCGAGUUCUUUGCAUUUGUUUGGACAAGCUGUUGAGGCAAUGUAUAGUGAGACGAGUUGGACCUGAUACAACAUGCUGCUGCAGUUGAUCGACGAAAUACGAGGUACAUAGUCACACAUACAUGAACAUAAUUUCGUUCUACUUGUCAAGUACAUUUCUGUUCAAACAGAACCAUCCCUGGUACCCUACUACGGUACACCAUGCACAGAGCUUGAGGACCUCACAAAAAGUCAGAACUUUUAUUCAAUCUAUUUUAAAUGUUUUUUUAAUGUUCGCUGAUGACAAUCUGAACUGUCCACCUCUGCUGACGAAACCUAACGGUGUCUAAACAGCUAGCUGGACGAAGGUGGAGUGGCUCAGCUAUAAUCAUGAUUACGUGGCUUUUAGAUAAACAUGAACGUAAUGGUGAAUGCGAAUAGCAUGACGUACCAAAACCCGUUAUGAUCCGUCUCCAGUCAAAUUUUGUCCAUUUUGGAAAUUUUCCUCGAAAUCCCCGUGCAAUGUACGUCAGUACUCUGGACGUGACAUACCAUUUUGAAUAUGCAUUGUUCCGUUCUAGUCGAGAGGCUUUUUCUUUACAAUGAAAGAGACAUUCUCAUCUGUAUUGUAUUGCU